UGGGGAAGGGCCCAGGCCCAGGGACUGGGGCACCGGUUCAAGUUCGGGCUGGCAUGCGAGUUGAGGGAGGAGCGGGUGAGGAGACGGUGGAGGGGCCUCGGGGGAGGUUUUCUUCCCCCGGCAGAACGUGAAGCCCCUGGCCUGCCCGUCCCCUCCCCUCCCAGGCAUUCUCUUCUCAGGCAGCUGGUCCCUGACCAGCGUCUGGGACAGUUCCCCAAACUGGGAAAUAGUUCUCUGAGUGAGAGGAGGGGAGGAGCUUAGGGGGGCCGUGCUUGCCAGGCUGGGAAGCAGGCUUUCCCUGUGACUGGUCUGGUUGGCUAGGCUGGGCAGCCCCUGGGCGGGGAAGAAAGAGAGGAAUACACCCUGGCCAGAGAGGGAGUCAGUGGGAGAAAGAGGGGUGCCUUUACUCAAGUCCUGGAGGGCAGUGGACAGGGCAGGGACAAGCAGGUGCAGCUGUACCAGGAAACUGCCAAUGAGAGGAAGCGGCAGGACUUUGACAUCUGGGGAGUGAGGUGUCUGAGUGCCUGCGUGCUGUGCCCCCGGGUUAUGACGACCCCCAAUAAAGGAAACAAGGCCUUGAAGGUGAAGCGGGAGCCAGGUGAGAAUGGCACCAGCCUGACUGAUGAGGAGCUGGUGACCAUGUCGGUGCGGGAGCUGAACCAGCACCUGCGGGGCCUGUCCAAGGAGGAGAUCAUCCAGCUGAAGCAGCGCCGGCGCACGCUCAAGAACCGCGGCUACGCCGCCAGCUGCCGCGUGAAGCGGGUGACCCAGAAGGAGGAGCUGGAGAAGCAGAAGGCGGAGCUGCAGCAGGAGGUGGAGAAGCUGGCCUCGGAGAACGCCAGCAUGAAGCUGGAGCUCGACGCCCUGCGCUCCAAGUACGAGGCCCUGCAGAACUUCGCCAGGACGGUGGCCCGCAGUCCCGUGGCACCGGCCCGGGGCCCCCUCGCGGCCGGCUUGGGGCCCCUCGUCCCUGGCAAGGUGGCUGCCACCAGCGUCAUCACGAUAGUAAAGUCCAAGACGGACGCCCGAUCGUAGGGACGCGCGCUUGCCCGGGCGGGUCUGCAAGGGGCCAUUAGGCGCAUGGCGAGUUUGGCAGCCCUGUCCCCUUCUUCCUCCUCUCCUCCUCUUCCUCUCCUGCCUCCUCCCUUCCCUGCAAAGCACAACCUGCACCCCGGGGCGCCGGGCUGAGCCCCUUUGAUCUCGUCGUUGUCAUCGUGUGUCUUGUACGUUGGGAUUGGUCAGUUCGGCGGUGACGUGGGGUUGCCUCGGCCCCCUUUGUACCAAGGCCGUGCAGGCUGGGAGUCCAGAGUUGGCCCUGUGGCAACAGAGAAAGAUCGGAUGAGCUCUCUGGGGCUCGCGGUUCUGAGUAGGGAGGGCUGCUGUCCGCUCCUGGGUGGCCCACAGGCCCCGACAGCUGCUGCCUGGCAGGGGGCUGUGAUUCACUCUCAGCGUGGCCAGCAGGCAUAGAUGGGCUCUGCUCCUAAGAGUAGGGUGUCCUUGGGGGCCCUGGAUGGGCCUGGAUGGGCGGGCCACCAGCCUGGGCGCUACGGCCGCUGGGAGGGACGGGGCGUUAUAUGGCUUUGGGCCAGGGCCCACGGCGCUCAAGCCUGACGCAUUGCACUGAACAAGACCAAAUCACUGGUUGUGAACAUUCGUGAAGGGUGUGUCCAGUGUCCUGCGACGGGUCCCGUGUCACUGUUUACAUGACCUAUCUGUGUGGUUACGUGGCCCUUUAUUUAAAAGAGAGGAGUUCCUUUUACGAAGUUAUUAAAUUAUAUGUUUAAAAGCUAAAGAAAAAAAAGAGCUGCAGAGUAUUUAUAAAACUGUCUUUUUAAAAAAAAAAACAAGCAAGAACAUUUGACCAUAUAUAUGGAAAAGGGAAGAAAGUAUAAUAGAAACUUUGCUAGUUUAACAAAAGAAAAAAAAAACAAACAAAAAAAAUCCCUUUCUUGUAAACUUAUGGACAAGUCUUUGUGGCUGUUGGAGUUUAGUUUUUAUAUACACAGAGUUAUCAGACGUUAUUUAUAAAACUUAGUUUUAAAAAAGACAAAAAAAAAAAAAAAAAAAAGAAAAGCCAAGCUGUGGGCGACCACAAGGCGCAUCCUGGCGCCCUCUUUGCUAUCUCUCUUGCAAUUGUACCGAAAGUGACUUACUCCUUUGCCCUUCCUGCUUCCGUCUCUUGCCGGUGCCGUGGUGUCGUCCGUGCCUGGUGAGGUCUUGUGCAGCGUCACGUGCUGGUGCUUCUGGUGACCUUUGACCUGUGGGUGUCACUUCUUGUGUCUGUUAUUCCUGUGUUUGUUUUUUGGAUUUGGUUGUGUGUUUGCUUCUGCCAGCUUGCCGGCCCGGACUGGGGCGCUGGGCGACUCCCGCUCCGGCAGAACGCGGGAAUCUCCCCAGCAGCCCAGCCCCCCCCCCGCCUCUGCCUCGGUGCCUGACCCGGGACCCCAGAGGAGCAGAUUGGGGGCUCUGCCGCUCCCACCCCUGCACAGCCUUGGCUUCGCAUGUCUGUCCUAGGCUUGGGCUGAUCCAAUGGCCGGGUAGGUAAAACUGGGGGCCAUUCCACACGGCGCCCCUUGCCUCCAUGCCCACCGCCUCUGGCCAGGGGUGGCAGAUUUGCAGGGACCAAGGAGUCACUAGGGUACCCCCGGGUGUCUUCCUUCUGGCCUCUGGUCAACGUGCUUGGGCUCUGGCCUCCGACCCCAGCUUUGUUCCUGUGGGCUGCACGGGGGCCUCAUCGGGACCCGUGGAGCCCACGUGGGGGUCGCGAGGCCUGCUGCCCACGUGUCCUGGCAGUGCUGCUGUGCUGUGAAGUGGAGCUUCCCAGGCAAAACCAGGUGGUUUGAGGACUCACCUGGGGCGGCCCCUUCACCCUGCCCAUGAGCCUGGGGGCGGGGCGGGGGGGGGGUGUCUCCGCCGGUGCCAGACAAGGGCUCCAGUGCCCAGGGCCGGGUCCUAUCUCUCACCUGACUGGGCUCUGGGCCUUCUUUCGCCUCUGGGAUCUGUGUCUUCCAGGGAUGCGCUGCUCAGCUCAAGGGGUGCUCCUCUGCGGGGCUGAGCCUACCUUCCCGUGGCCCCUCGGCAGAGGCAGCCAGUCUUCCAGACUGGGCUUGGGAAGCUCCUCGGAGGCCUCCUGCGGUGCCUGCCCUCAAGAGGCUACUGCCCCAUCUCUGGCCACAUGGGCCUUGGCUCCUCUGGGGGCCCCAAACCCCUGUAAAGCACAGAAGUGUGGGCUGGCGAAAAGAAACACUGUGCGGCCUCGCAGGGUGUGACCUCGUGGGCUGCAGGGAGGAUUUUCAUCCCAGAGUCUGACCCCAGUGUGCCCGUGGGGUAGGAGCAGGGGCACGCUGUCAAUUUCUGUCAUGUUAAUGGGCUUGGCCCUAGAGGCUCAGUCAUUCCCGGUUGUACCCGGGUCAGCCUGCGAUGGAGAUUUUGACUGUUGGCUCUCAAUACUUAGUGGCUUCCUGCCCCUCCUUGCUGUCUGGCUUUGUCUACCUAGGGUCUAGAUGAAAGUUGUUGACGUUGGUUGUAGCAGCAGUGAGCUGGAAUCGCGUCAUAAGAAUCACUGAAGAGGGGUCACGUCCAUGUUCUCCAUAUCCGCUUACGGUCCCGACACUUUCGUCCUUGCUGGGAGGUAGUUGUCCAUCUGCAGGCUGGAGACGUGGAGAGGAGAGAAGGGAGGUGGGUUUGGAAGUCCAGAGGCGGGUUGGAGGGUGGACACAGACGGAAGAGAAAUUGCAGGUCCUUGGCUUAGGUAUUGGAAGAAGCUUCUGGAAUUACUGAGGCCAUGCUUCCCUUCGGAGUUUUUGGAUUUGGAGCAGCUGUUCCUCGGGUCUGGGAGUACAUCCUGUUCCCAUCAAGCCAGCCCCACGGGGCCGCUCUGCACGCUGCCCUUUCCCCCCUCCCCUUGGUUUCUUGACAGUAGAGCCUGUGUCCACAUGUGACUGGUUGGUGUCUUUCUGAUUCUUGUCAAUUCAGUUUUCCUACUGUGAGGGUGUUGUGUUCUUUUUAUCCUCGACUUUUCUGACACAGCGAAUCGAGGGCUUUGGCUGAGGCCAAAUCUCCCAAACUGGUCCGCUAAGUAAACCAUGACAUGUACCUUCCUUCCCAUCGGACCUGAGCCCUACUCCCCCCUCAUCCCGACACAGACACUCAGAUUUCAGAGGAGAACCCUGUGGGAACAGGUCAGCUCCUGCCCUGAGUGUGGCCCCAGGGAGACUUCCCUAUGGCCCUGGCUGCUGUUCUGGGCGGCACCGCUGUUUGUAAAGGUGGGAAGACACGGCUGCUCGGCCGUGUGGUGUGCUGGUUUCUGCCGGAUACCAGGUCUCCCCGGAGGCUUUUCUGCCCUUGGUCCAGGCUUCAGGUCUGUGUGCACAACCCUGCCCGUCAGCAACAGCUUCUAUGGUCAGUUCCUGGGCCCACAGCUCUGAUCAGCUGUAGCCUGCUUUCGGAUGGCUGGUCAAGCCCCCUCCUGUCCCUGUGGCCUCCCUUUCAGAGGUGGCCAGUUGGCUAAAGCUCCCAUCCACAGCUGGGAAGCCCAAGCCACAGCCUGCAGCACCGUUUCCGCUCUGGGAUCUUGUAAGUUACUUUUUUAGGCUGUGGUUUGGUGAAAGGAACCAACACAGUAACGAUUUUUUUUUUCCCCAGAAGCCACUGAAUAAUUCUUUUUGGCGCGUUUUUGCCUUCCUGUUGGCUGUCUAGUUUUGGAGCAGGUGGGGAGAGUGGAGGACACACAGAGGCAGGGGUGUGCCCUGGAGACUGAUGGCCUGUCCUGCUUCUGGCCUGUGUGUGUUGUGCGUGGGCUGUACCUUUGGGCCGGUCACGCACAUUUCCACCCCACGCUGGAACAGCAGCCUUGGUACGUGGGUGUCUGGUGAGCUGGAGUGUUAGAAGAGUGUGCCCCUGAUGGACUGCGAGGGGGCGGCCCCUCCAGCACCCUCGUGUCCCAGCCCCUUCCUUCUCCCCAUCCCCUCAAUUUGCUACUCCCUGAAGCCUUUAACCAAACGGGAGUGGGUACAGAAAGCCUUCUCCUGGCAUCUUAGGGCAACAGGACAAGGGCUGCCCAGUGCGUCCAGCUCUGGUGCUCUCCUGGCGCUGAGAGGCUGGGUCCAAGCGGAGUUGGUCAGACCCUGCCUGUCCUGCCUAGGGCUGAAACCAGGGGGAGGUGGUGGUACCCUGGGACCUGCCGGGGCAGGCAGGGGUUGUGGAAGAUCCAGGUGAGGAGGGGCCUCCCUGGGGCGGGCUGUGGCCUCAGCGCUCACCCCGCCCUGUGCAGUAUUUAUUGCUAAAUUAUUGUCCAGGGGGGGCGGCACUGGGCCGGACCCCGGGUAUUUAUUGCUGUACAUAGUGUAUGUUUGUGAUAUAUAAGGUUUUCUUUAUUUUGUAUAUGAUCAAUAAACACCUUUUAAAGAGA